CAAGAAUCGAAUCAGAAUUUGGAACAAUCGGUGAAUUGAGUUUUCAUCCCUCUCAUCUCCACCUUUCUCCGUUGAGUUUACAAAGAGAAAAAAAGAUAGCCACAAAAAGCAACACGAGCAUUAUUACACAGUACUUGCUUGGUUGCUUCACACUUUCACGGUCUACUUUUCUUUUGGCUAUAUAUUAUAAAAACAAAAGCACCCCCCUUCCAUUUAUAUAUAUCUGAUUGAAUAGUUACGAAAAGGGUCUUUUAUAUAGUUCAUUUUAUCAGAGUCUCUGAAGCCAAAAUACAAAAACCACCAACUUUGUAACCCUGCAGAGUUUUCUGUUCUCUCUGGGGGAUUUCGCUUUGCAUUUUUUUGUGUGUCAAUUGGUGGCGGCUUUAAAGCGGUGGCUAUUAUUGUGCUCAGUUUUUCAUUUUUCAAGCUCCACAGGGUAUAGUCAGAUACCGAAGCUCGAAAUUUCCUUGCAUUUAUUAAAGUUUUCUCUGCCACAAUCUAUGAACAAGGGAUUCUUAGUCAUCACUACCCCAUCGCUGCCAGUGUACUAAGAAAGAAAAAAGUAGGAAAAAAUAACAUAAAAAAAGGAGCAUCUCUCAUCUGAAUUUUCUUCCUUCAAGCUUUAGUAGAAAGAGACAUCUCGACCAAGAUCCACCAGGAUUUAGACACUUCUUUUGUGGGUAACGGAGACAAUGUUGCCUCAGAAGCAAGCAGAGGAAGCAAUAGUCACAAACCUCAACGAGACAGAACAUGAAGUUGGCAGCACAAGGGAAGAAGAGAGGGGGCAAGACCAAUCCUUGUUCAGCCUCAAGAGCAUCCUUUGGCAUGGUGGUUCUGUUUGGGAUGCAUGGUUCAGCUGUGCUUCAAAUCAAGUGGCUCAAGUACUCUUGACACUGCCAUACUCCUUUUCUCAACUUGGCAUGCUUUCAGGCAUCUUGUUUCAGGUGUUCUAUGGAAUCAUGGGAAGCUGGACUGCGUAUCUGAUCAGUGUUCUCUACAUAGAGUACCGCACCAGGAAGGAAAAGGAAAACGUCAGCUUCAAGAAUCAUGUCAUUCAGUGGUUUGAAGUCCUUGAUGGGUUACUUGGUCCAUAUUGGAAAGCAGUGGGGCUAGCCUUCAACUGUACUUUCCUCCUCUUUGGAUCUGUGAUUCAGCUUAUAGCAUGUGCAAGUAACAUCUAUUACAUAAAUGACAAAUUGGAUAAACGGACUUGGACUUAUAUUUUUGGAGCUUGCUGUGCCACCACUGUGUUCAUACCAUCCUUCCACAACUACCGAAUCUGGUCAUUUUUGGGUCUUGGAAUGACCACUUACACGGCUUGGUACCUUGCUAUUGCAGCCAUCCUUCAUGGCCAGGUAGAAAAUGUGACGCACUCGGGUCCAACAAAGCUAGUGCUAUACUUCACUGGAGCCACUAACAUACUAUACACGUUUGGAGGACAUGCUGUGACUGUAGAGAUUAUGCAUGCCAUGUGGAAGCCCCAAAAGUUCAAGUACAUCUACUUGCUGGCCACUUUGUACGUUUUUACGCUAACGGUUCCGUCAGCAGUCGCCGUUUAUUGGGCUUUCGGUGAUAUGCUGCUUAACCACUCCAACGCCUUCGCUCUCCUCCCCAAGUCUGGCUUCCGUGACGCCGCCGUUAUCCUCAUGCUCAUUCACCAGUUCAUAACGUUUGGGUUUGCGUGUACUCCGUUGUACUUCGUGUGGGAGAAGGUGAUUGGAAUGCACGACACAAAGAGCAUUUGUUUGAGGGCACUUGCACGGUUGCCAGUGGUGAUACCAAUAUGGUUUUUGGCUAUAAUAUUUCCUUUCUUUGGGCCCAUUAAUUCAGCUGUUGGCUCUCUCCUCGUUAGCUUCACUGUCUACAUCAUCCCUGCCCUAGCCCAUAUGCUCACUUAUAGAAAACCCUCUGCCAGACAGAAUGCUGCAGAGAAGCCUCCUUUCUUCAUGCCAAGCUGGACUGCAAUGUACGUCCUCAAUGCAUUCAUUGUGGUAUGGGUUUUCGUGAUUGGAUUUGGGCUUGGAGGAUGGGCCAGCAUGACCAACUUCAUAAGGCAAAUCCACUCAUUUGGGCUUUUUGCUAAAUGCUACCAGUGCCCUCCACCAGCACCACAUGUUGCGGCAGCACCACCACCUCAUGGCCAUCAUUAGAGGCAAAGCUGACUCAUUAUUCAUUUCAACAUAGUAGAGUUCAGCAACAAUCACAUUUCCCUCAAUACUUUGUAUUAUACAUGGGGGAGAAUGUUGAAUAUACUUCCCUUCAUAUGAUGUGUGUGCUGGCUGGGUUUUUUUUUGCAUAAAUUUGUCCUUUUUCUUUGUCAUAAUAUAGUGUUUUCCCCCUCCCUUGUAAGAUUAGUUGAUUAAAAAUAGUGUGUCAAAUGUUAUGAUUCCUUUGCUAUCAAGUGCAUAGGCUAAUUAAAUUAAAUACUAUGUUUCGGUAUCUUGCUUUGAUGUACUCUUCUCUUUUCCUAAGGUUGAGCGAUACUGUAAGA